CGCCUACAAAAUGGCAGAUAAAGAGGAGGAAGAUACGCGUCCCAUGAAGGACUGGAUAUUGGUACAAAAUUCUGAGCUUAGACUUGAAGUGCAAAAUGACAACAGUGUGGACAUACAACUCUUGUUUGGUGUCGCUGAGAUAUUUGGGACGGAGAUGGCAAAGAACAUGCGCUAUACAAUCUCCAAUCAAGCAAAGAUUGCAAUAUUCACCGACAUUAGCUGCACCAUAAGAAUCCUAGGCUCACCUGACAUUGCUUACGUUUCCACAGACACUCCGAUGCAUAUUUAUCGUAAUACUCACUUUGCUCUUGAGCAUUUGAGGAGGACAGCACAACAGAAUGAUACCUUUGGGCCUAAAGUAAUGGUAUGUGGCCCUACUGAUGUAGGUAAGAGCACUUUGUGUCGUCUCUUAUCAAACUAUGCCGUGAGAUCUGGACACCAACCAAUACUUGUUGACAUUGAUGUUGGUCAGAGUGACAUCUCCAUACCUGGCUCUAUUGGAGUUCUACCAAUCGAGAGACCUGCUGGUAUUGAGGAAAACGAGUUCCUCAAACCCGGCAGUCUUGUUUACCACUAUGGUCACAAUAAUCCGGCCUCGAACCUCAAGUUCUACGAUACGCUCGUCAGCAAAACCUUUGAAAUGUAUCAGGAGAGAUGUAAAGAGAAUCCAACAAAUAAGUACAGUGGGUGUAUCAUUAACACUUGCGGCUGGAUUGAUGGAAGUGGCUACAAGUGCUUACUUCAUUGUGCUAAAGUGUAUGAAGUUGAUGCUGUGUUAGUGUUGGAUCACGAGAGACUGUGUAUUGAUUUCCAGCGAGACUUACCCAAAACCACAUCAAUCAUAAGGCUGCCAAAGUCUGGAGGAACUGUAGUCAGAGGUAGAGAGUUUCGUAAGAAUCACAGAAAUAAUGUCGUUCGGGAAUAUUUUUACGGCAAAAAAGGAUCCUUAUCUUUGUUUCCUUUCUCCUUUGAAGUGCCAUUUUCUGAAGUCUCUGUUUAUAAAAUUGGAGCUCCUGAAGUUCCGGAGUCUUGUUUACCGAUUGGAGCAACGGCAGAAGAUGGCAACACACAGCUAGUACCUGUUGAAAUAAACAAAGAUCUUGUUAAUAGGAUAGUAAGUUUAAGCAUGGCAACUUCACUUGAAGAAAAUGUAGUCAGCUGUAGCAGUGCUGGAUUUUUAUGCAUAACAGCUGUCAAUACAGACGCUGAGACCAUCACUGUACUCUCGCCAGCUCCUAGUCCUCUACCAAGAAAAUUUUUACUGUUGAGUGACAUUGAAUUUGUGGACUUUAAAUAAUA